AUCAUGGAUUCUAAGCAACAAUUCCGUGCUGGUGAAAGCCGUGGCCAAGGACAGGCCAUUGCGGAAGAUUGGCUUCAAUCUGCUAAAGACACCACAAACGCUGCAGGAGACAAGAUGGCUGAUGCGACUCAGCAAACCAGAGACACUGCCCAACAAAAAAAGGACGAGAGUGCCGGCUUCCUUCAGCAGAAAGGGGAGCAAAUGAUGAAUAUGGCACAGGGAGCUGUGGAUAGUGUGAAGAACACACUUGGAGUGGGUGACAACAGCAACAAGAAGUGAAAAAAGAAGAUUGAUUCCCUCCCUCACUUCCUUUUCAUAU